CCCGCCAUUCUGAGGUCUGGUGGAGGUUUGGUUGGUCUUGAGAGACGCCGUCGCCUUUACCACGAGAGAAAAUACCAAUACAAACAAUACAAAAUACAAUACAAAACGCGAACAAAACAACAACAAUAUAUAAAUAUACAACAAAGAGGGGAAGGAAAAAACCAGGUUUUCUCUCCCCCUUUGCCGUGAAGAGCCGCCGCAGCCUCUCCGUCCUUUGGACCGUCCUUGGAAGCCGUUCCAAACCCGAAGGAAACUGCCACUUUAAAAACAUAUUUCCCUCUUCUUUCCCCCCAAAAAACAAAGGCAAAACCCCCUUUUUUUCGAGCAGAAAAAAAAACCCAAGCUAUUUUUUUUAUUACUAUUUUUUUUUUUGGUUUUCAGUUUAGCUCGAUCCACUCCUUUAGGGCUUUAAAAAACAAACAAAACCCAAGGGAAAAAAAACCUUUAAAAAAAUACCCAAAAUACCCGUCAAGCUGCAAAAAAAAAGUUGCUGCGUUUUUUUUAAAGCCAUGAUUAAAAUCAAACGAAUUUUUUGGCUCUAACACCACCUCCAAAUGCCAAAAUCCAAACCUUGAAGCGCUGUCGGCUGAGAAAAAAAAUUGGAUAGCUGUUCCUGCCAUGGGCUCCGGCCCCAUCGACCCCAAGGAGCUCCUCAAGGGCCUCGAUUGUUUCCUGGGCCGGGAUGGGGAGGUCAAAACCAUGGAUGGCAUCUCCAAAAUCUUCAGCCUCAUGAAGGACUCGCAGAAGAUGGUGAGUCGCUGCAUUUACCUGAACAUCCUCCUGCAGACCCGGGCCCAGGACAUCCUCAACAAGUUCAUCCGGAUCGGGGGCUACAAGCUGCUCAACACGUGGCUGACGGGCUCCAAGGCCGCCAACAACGUGCCCUUCCUGCAGCAGCUGCUGCUCACCCUGCAGCACCUCCCGCUCACCGUCGACCACCUCAAGCAGAACAACACGGCCAAGCUGGUGAAGCAGCUCAGCAAGUCCAGCGACGAUGAGGAGCUCCGCCGCCUGGCCUCCAUCCUGGUCAGCGACUGGAUGGGGGUGAUCCGCUCCCAGAGCAGCUCCCAACCCACAGAACGGGAUAAAAAGAAGAGGAAAGAGGAAAACAAAAGCAAAACUCCCGUCCCGGAGAAGCCCCAGGAGACCAAAAACGAGGCCAAAAACGAGAAUUCCGAAAAGAAACGGGAAAAACCCAAAUCCCUGCGGACCACGGCCCCCAGCCACGCCAAGUUCCGCUCCACAGGGCUGGAGCUGGAGACGCCGUCGCUGGCGCCGGUGAAGAAACUGAACUCGGCCUCGUCCGACAAAUACAGCCUGAAACCCGUCCCUGUCAAGAGGCAGAGUGCCCCAACAGCCCCUGGGGAGGCUCCUCUGGCAGAGAAGAAAUACAAACCCCUGAACACGGCCCCGAACGCAGCCAAGGAGAUCAAAGUGAAGAUCAUCCCCCCGCAGCCCAUGGAAGGUCUCGGGUUCCUGGACGCCCUGAACUCAGCACCCGUCCCCGGCAUCAAAAUCAAAAAGAAGAAGAAAGUUCUGUCCCCAACAGCAGCCAAGCCCAGCCCCUUCGAGGGGAAGCCGGCGCCGGAGCCCAGCACGGCCAAACCGUCGUCGCCAGAGCCGGCGGCCGCGGAGCCCAUGGACACGGAUCGGCCGGGGACGCCGGUGCCGGCCAUCGAGGUGCCCGAGCCCAUGGACACCGGCUCCUCAGAGGCAGGGGGUGACCCCAAGGCCACCGAUGUCCCCUCCGAGGGGGGCCCGGCCCCGCGCAGGCCCCGCAAGAAGAAAUCGGUGUCAUGGCCUGAGGAGGGGCGGCUGCGCGAGUACUUCUACUUCGAGCUGGACGAGACGGAGCGAGUGAACGUGAACAAGAUCAAGGACUUUGGCGAGGCGGCCAAGCGGGAGAUGCUGAAGGACCGGCACGCCUUCGAGACGGCGCGGCGCCUCAGCCACGACUCCAUGGAGGAGAAGGUGCCCUGGAUCUACCCCAAGGCCCUGGAGCUGCCGGCGCCGCUCGUCAUCCCCGGCAGCGGCAGCCGCGAGCGCUUCACGCAGGCCGAGAGCGUCAAGGGCAUCCUGCAGGAGAUCUUCCUCUCCAAGGAGAGCAUUCCUGACAGCCCCCACGAGCCCGACCCGGAAUCCUACGAGCCUCUCCCACCCAAACUCAUCCCCUUGGACGAGGACUGCUCGGGCGAGGACGGGGCCUAUCCCGAGGGGCUGGAUCCCGGCGCGGCCGCGGCCUCCCCGGAGCCGGGCGCGGGGGCCAAGCUGCCCCCGGUCCUCGCCAACCUCAUGGGCAGCGUCGGGGCGGGCAAGGGCCCCCCAGGAGCCCCCCAAAACGCCCCCAUCAACAUGCAGGAGAUCCUCAGCUCCAUCAUGGGCGGCCCCAGCAGCCACAAGGCCGAGGAGCUGCUGAAGCAGCCGGACUACUCGGACAAGAUCAAACACCUGCUGGGCAACCUGGGCAACCAGCCCCCAGGGGGGCCCGGGGGAGUUCCCCACGGGCUGCUGGGCCCUGGCCCCAUGAACGGCUUCCCCCCCCCCAAGAUGCAGCACUUCCCCCCGGGGGGGCCCAUGCCGGGUCCCCACGGCGGCGGCGGCGGCGGGGGGGGGGGCGGUCCCGGCCUCCCCCCGGGGCUCCCGGGGGGUCCCCGGAUGUUGGGGCCGCCCCCCCCCCAGCGCGGCGGGGGCGGCGAUUUCUGGGGGGAGGGGCCCGACGGGGACAUGUCGAGCCGCGCCGUGUGCCGCCACUUCAUGCUCAAGGGCAGCUGCAGGUACGAGAACAACUGUGCCUUCUACCACCCCGGCGUCAACGGGCCCCCCCUGCCCUGA